GAUAUCCAGACGCGGGAAACCAGCCCAGAUUUUCAGUGACAAUGGUCGAAACCUGGUUGCCGCAGCUAGGGAAAUUACAGAAUUUUUGAAAACAAAUCCCGUCAUAUCUGACUUCGCAGCUGACAACCAAAUUAAAUUUUCUUUUUUACCGGCGUACGCCCCUCACUUCGCAGGCUUAUGGGAAGCAGGUAUAAAAUCUGCCAAGCACCAUAUAAAGAGAUACAUAGGAAAUAACAAAUUAACAUUUGAAGAACUGAGUACACUCUUUGCGCAAGUGGAGGCUAUCUUAAAUAGUCGUCCCUUGUAUCCCAUGUCUUCCUCUCCUAACGAUAUGCUCCCUCUAUUCCCAGGGCACUUCUUGAUCGGCCGGCCGCUGACAAGUUUGCCAUCGCCGCAGAUCGAAGACAGCACCAGCACCAGCAGUCUUGACCGCUACGCGAGAAUCGAGAGCAUAAGGCAGCAGUUUUGGCGUCGGUGGCAAAGGGAAUAUAUCAGCGAGCUCCAGCAGCGCACCAAAUGGCGCACUAAUAAGGACAAACUACACGUCGGAGACCUCGUCAUUCUACAAGACGACAACCUCGCUCCACUUCACUGGCGUAUGGGCAGAGUGGUAGGAUUAUUUCCUGGCCCUGAUGGCAUUUCAAGAGUGGCGGAAAUAAAAACCACUAGAGGAGUUGUCAGAAGAGCUUUGACUCGGAUUUGCCCUCUUCUUUCGGAAACUUCAUCUUAAACACCCUCGGUGUUUCAGAAGGGGGAAUCAUGUCGGCGCGCUUUACAACCAUAGUGUAACAUCAAGUACGCAUAUAAUUAAUGUCAAUGUCAGUGAACUUUGCGUCAUCUGUCAAUGUAACUUGUCACACAAAAAUAUGCAAUAUCAUUCACUUCUCCAAAUACAACCUUCGCUGAGG